GGCUGAAACUUUCUCAGUCGGUUCGAUGAUGGCGCGGUGAGCGUCUCACGCGUCGGUCAUGGCGCGUAACAGAUGGACGCUAGCUCUAAUUAUAGUCUGCUUACCUAUCCUAGCGACAGUGAUAACCGCAUUCCGUUUACGCGAUUUACCUAGAAGUGUCGUUGAUAGUGCAGACAAGUUUACUAAACACAGUGUUAAAGAUAGUGCCAAAAGUUACGAGGAACUGAAGAAAGCCGUAAGGGAGAAACAACAACUGAUCAAUCAGAAGGCCAACGCGAAAUCGGGUUCUGUGUUAAAAAUAGUCAGUGAUAGUGCCGAUGAUGAUGAUGACGAUGAUGACGACGAUUUUGAUAUCUUCAAAAGUAAUGUUGAUAAAUCAAAAGUGAAUUCUAAAUUAAGUAUAGGAGAAAAAUCAUCAAAAUCCAAAACUACAAAACAGCUUAAAGAUGAAGACGUUGGAAAAAAUAAAGCUGAUAAGGGAAAAGUAGAAGAAUUUACUAAGAAACCCGAAGUAAACCUCAGAGAGGAAACGAAAAGAGCUUAUGAAAAGUCAAAACUGUUCCCUGAAGAUAAUGAUGACGAUGACGACGAUGACGAUGAUGAUGAUGAUGACGAUGAAACUGACUCUAGUUUUAUAAAGAAGGCUAAACCUAUUGUAGUUAAAAAAGAAGAUUUAAUAAAAGAUAAAAAGAAAGAAGAUAUAAAAGACAAAGUCAAAUCAACUAUAAAGGUCGACUACAAUGACGAUGAUGAUGACGACGAUGAAGAUGACGAUGAUGAUGAUGAUAAAGACUUUAAGAAAAAAACAGAAAAAUUUAUUGAGACUAAGAAAAAUGAUAACGUAAAGCAGAGUUUAAAAAAAAUGGACGAAAUAAACAAAUCAAACCCAGUUAAAUCUAAGCAAGACAACAAUGAUGAUGAUGACGAUGACGACGACGACGAUGAUGAUGAUGAUGAUGAAGAUGAUAGAAAUUUAAAGAAGGAUCUAAAACAUAAGAGCUCCAGUUUGACAAAAGAUGCUGUUGAUAAAUUCGUUCCGAAAAAAGAUACAGAUGCUCACAGUGUAAAAAUGGAUGAAAAAAAGGUCAAAGUAGAUUCUAAACUUGAAGAUAAGAAAGUACUUUCUGUUAAAGAAACCAAACCUAGUGAACCUAAACUAAAAUCAGGAGAAAGAGAAAUUAAUAAGCCGGAAUCAAAAAGAGAAAAACCACCUCCGCUAGCUAAAAAGGAAGAAAUUAAAUCUAAAAUUGAUCUUCCAAAAAAGGAGGAACACAAAGAAGAAUCUAAAAAGCAUAAAGAAUCAGAUCCUGCCAAGCCUAAAACAGCUCCAAACCCUGAAGAAGGAAAAAAGGUGGAAAAGAAAUCAGAAUUAAAGAAACCUGAGACUUCCAAGCAUAAAGGCUCCGAAGAGACCGUUGAAAAAAAGAAAAAAGAAAAAGAUGGCAAAAGGAAAUCGAAGGAGUUGGACAACAGUGAACCUAAAACUAUUAAUAUUAUUGAUCAAUUGACAGAUAUGUUGUAUCGAAGAAAUAUGUUAGCCAGUGAAUUUGAAGACUUUUACGCUUUUCUACCGACGUUCGCUCCCAAUUUUUCAAGGAUUCAUAAUCCAGAAUGCAGACGGCAUGGGCAAAUCCUAUUAAGGCAAUUACGCGGGACGAAACUAUGGGCUUUGAAUAUGCUAGACGCGUCAGCGAAGAUUCCCUCGGGCAUCCUUCAAGGCAACGGCAUUCAACUGGGCGACUUCGACCAGUGUCUAGGAAGCCGGGCACGCGUUCAACUGGAGACCGGAAGCGUGGUGAAGGUCCAGGGCAAGUACUGCUUAGCGCGGCUGGACGUGAAGGCGGAGCACCAAGAGCUGGAGGUGCCGGUGUAUCUGGCCCAGGCCAAAAACCUGAUCAGGAGCCGUAUAGAUGAUCCAGGUCACUUCGUGCCGCGUUUCUCCACGUUGAGCUGGGGGGUGUGCGUGCCUUCGGCCUGCGACCCCGAGGAUGCCGAGGUGGUCAUCAAGGACUCUCUCAAGCACUACCAGCACACCAGCGGCCUGGUCAUCAAGGUCAAGAUCGACGAGAGGGACUGCCACAUCCACGAAUCAUUAUGGGAUGAGUGGUUUGAGCUUCCGACAGUGCUGACGUUGUCGUUCUACGCCAUCAUCCUUCUCUUGGUCUUCGUGGCCACCGUCCAGGACUAUCUGUCUAAUGGAAGCUCCGAGGAGCUGCCAAGCGAAGACGCCGAUGACAAGGCCGAGUGCGACCAGGAGGCCGAAGCAGGAGAAAAAGAUAAAGACCAUGCACCUAAAACUACAGAUAGUUUCCUCAGUUCUUUCUCCCUGUACAGUACGCUGAAGAAGCUCACCGCGCCAGGCUCCAACGACGAGAUAUCCUGCAUUCACGGUGUCAGGGGGCUGGCAACCAUCGCCCUGCUGAUCGCCCACAAGUUUUUACCGGUCGCCGUUACGCCCUACAACAAUCGGUUGAAGAUUACUGAGGUGGUAAGCUCGCCGCUGUGGUCGUGGUGCCGCGCCGGCUGGAUAUACACGGAUUGCUUCCUGUUGCUGAGCGGUACCCUGACCGCCCACCGCAUGUCGGCCGACGGCUCAGGCGCGAGGAGGCUGUUUUCGCGAUAUCUUAGAUUGACCCCUGCUCUACUAGCUGUGGUCCUGUUCUACGCAUACAUCUGGGAUAACAUCUCCACAGGCCCCAUGUGGGGCACCCUCGUCACCAGGAACGCCGAAAUCUGCCAGGAGGGCUGGUGGUGGAAUCUGCUCUACGUGCAAAACUGGUUCGGCUUCGAAGACAUGUGUGCCCCUCAAACUCACCAGCUGGCUUUGGAUAUGCAGCUCACUAUCAUAGGCGGUAUGAUAGUCUGGGUGAUGCAGGUCAAGCCAGGCGUCUCCAAAUUCCUCCUGCCCACCAUAAUAGGUCUGGCUGCGUAUUCCAGAUAUUCGACGGUCAGCGAACAUCGUUUGACUCUGCUGGCCUAUCAUGGCGUGAGUGUCAGCCAACUCUACAGGACAGCCCGUUUAAGCUACACCUCCGUGUAUCACCGCUGCACCCCAUAUCUCAUCGGAAUCAGCUUAGGCAUUGCUUUGCAGAAACCUACUCAACUCAAUAAGGUCCUGUUAGCCUUGGGUUGGUUGACAAGCGGCGCUCUCUGGAGUCUAGUAUGGUGGGCAGGACUAGACUCUGGCAACACUCAGUAUCGGUACAGCGCUUUGUUCGCUGCAAACUACGCCGCCCUCGCGCCGGUGGCCGCUUCCCUAGCCAUAGCCUGGGUCAUAUACGCCGUGCAUAAUGGAUAUUGCGAAUCCCUGGCCAAUUUUUUCUGCUGCCGUCCGUUGGUACUUAUCAGUCGACUCUCUUACGCACUGUAUCUUUGCCAGUUCAUCGUGUUCCUCACUGAGGCUGCCACCAUUCGGACUUCAAGCGAGUUUAGCUUAAUGUCUAUGAUUGAUCUUCACGAAAUAUCUCUGAUAAUGCUUUCGUCAACGUUAUUAACUCUGACAUUUGUGAUACCGAUGCAAUCCUUGCACAAAGUCUUCACUUUCUCAUCAAAUUCUGAUAAAGACGAUAACAAAGAAGAAUCAGAAGAAAAGCCAGAUGAGAAUCACGUAGCGGCAGACGCGGAAAAUACCAAAGAUCAAGAAGAAGAAAUAGAUGUUCCACAAAUAAAAACAAGACAGCUUCUCGUUGCUCAUAGAGAAGUGUUAGAAGAAAUUCCUGAAGCUGAUAUCGAGUAUGAAGUUCAGAGAGAUAAACUUGAAGGACUUGAAGAAAUUUUAGAGGAAGAAGAAGAUGAAGGAGCGGACGAUGAUAUCAGAGAGAAUCAUUUUGAUGAAGAAGAUUUGGAAGUGAUCGAGGAAGAGCAGGGAGGCGAGGAUGAUUUCUGGGGAGACAGAGAUGAAGACUACGUACCAAGAAGGGCGUAUCCCUUACGAGAUGAUGAUGAGGAUAUCGAUGAGUGGGAAUGGACCGCGAAUGGCAGUCAAAACGGAGCUCAACACUACCGAUAUACCAGAUAAUGUUAUCCGAUUAUGUAAAUUAAAUCUCACGAUUUCAUUAA